CUUUCCUACAAUGUCUCGCAUUAUCACUAAAUUCUUUAUUCAUACAUCAAUACUUGUUCUAAUUCUCCAAAGCAUUGUAUGUUUGAGUUUACAAAAUGACAAAAUUUCAGCCGGUGUGAUCAUCAGAGAUCCAGAGUCCAUUAUAUCAGCAAAGAAGCAAUACAAAUUGGGAUUCUUCUCUCCUCCAAACACCACCAACCGCUACUUAGGAAUCUUCCUCGCCUUCUCCGAAGAAACAGUGGUAUGGGUUGCCAACAGAGACACACCCCUCAAAGAUUCUUCCGGCGCCGUUACUCUGUCUCAAGACGGCAAUCUCGUCGUCUUGGACGGGACUAAUCGAACCGUCUGGUCGACCAAUCUCACCACUACCUCUCCCGUCAUUCAUCCGGUUGUCCAAAUCCUGGACACUGGCAAUCUCGUCUUGCUGGAAGAGGACUCUGGAGACACGCUGUGGGAGUCGUUCUCACAUCCUACGGAUGUUCAGGUGCCAGGAAUGCCAUUAAGCCAGAACAUAAGGACAGGGAAGCAGCUGCUGGUGACGGCAUGGAAAAGCGCCACAGACCCCGGGACAGGGAGCUUCACUGGGGGCCUCGACGCCAUGAAAGGACCCCCACAGCUUGUCACGUAUAACGAGGGGCGCCCACACUGGAGGAGCGGGCCGUGGAACGGCCUGAUAUUUAUCGGGAUAAAAGAAAUGUUCUACGCCUACUUAGAUAUGAAUUGCGAUUCGGAAGGUGUGGAAUGGCGUGGAGAAGAGAUGGGACACCGGGGGGGGGCGUAUCCUGAAAACGUGUGCGACUUUUAUGGCAAGUGUGGGGUGUUUGGUAGCUGCAAUGCUCUGGAAUUGCCUAUUUGUAGUUGUUUGAGAGGGUUUGAGCCUGUAAAUGAGGAUGAAUGGGGGAGAGGGAAUUGGACUAAUGGUUGCAGGAGGAGGAACCAAUUGCGAUGUGGAGACGAUGAAUUUGAGAGGGUGCAGUAUAUGAAGGUUCCGGACUUUGCUCAACCCUUUCCUUCUAGGGUUCUAGACGAGUGUCGGACCAGAUGUGUGGGGAACUGCUCAUGCAUAGCUUAUGCUUAUGAUGGUAACAUUGGUUGUAUGUUUUGGAGUGAUACCUUGAUUGAUACUCAGGAGUUCGACGGUGUUGGUGUUGACAUCUAUGUCCGUCUCUCUGUUUCUGAAUUUGAUAGCCACAAGGAGAGAAAGUUGUACAUCAUAAUUGGAGUUGCUGUGGGUUUUGUUUGCAUAUCUGUUAUGAUGAUUAUUGCUUGGUGGUUAAUAGUGAAGAGGAAAGGGAACAAGGCGCAAGAUUCAAGUAUUCUGGAAGUAGGACAGAUGUUCACGACGGAUUCAACUGCAAUCGUACUAAAAAAAUGAAUCGAAGGAAGUUAAUAUUGGCGAUUUACCAAAGUUCACCUUCGAGAUGCUUGC